UUCGUCGGGGGUCGCGUUCCCUUUCUGCGGUCCGGGACUCUUUCAGCCCACCUCAGGCCUCCUUUCUCGAGGCAUCAUAGCUAAGCCGGGGCUUCACGGUCAAGAUGGAAAGCCCGUCCGCUUCAGCUGUGGCUUUACCUUGCAACUCGCCGCCCUGCACCAGUAGCCAACGUGUGCCCGGGACACUGAGGGAACGGUUACAGAAAACGAGGUCUUCAUUCAGUUCCUCUUACUGCGUGGUUAAACGUCUUAGAGUCGACGAUGCUGAGGAGGAGCCGAACCUUGCCGAGAAGCCGGCAUCUUCAACAGAGGAGAGCCAUUCUGAAUGUGAACGUUUUGAGCCCAUAGACAACGCAUUUGAAAGUGCCCUUUUGGAAAAUAGUUCCAAGAAUAUCACUGCAUGUGAAUCUAAAUCAUUUGACAGUGGACCACGCAGUGAUCACCAGAAUGACUGUUCAAAUGAGGAUUUUCCUAAACAAGGAUUAAAUGAAGAAAAGACAGAGUUGGUGAAACAGAUUCAGGAGAAAGAAGAACUUCUUCGGAGGCUAAAAUUAGUCAAAAUGUAUAGAUCAAAGAAUGACCUAUCUCAGUUACAGUUGUUAAUAAAGAAGUGGAGAAGCUGUAGCCAGCGCUUGCUCUAUGAGUUGCAGUCGGCUCUAUCUGAGGAGAACAAGAAACUAAGCCUUACUCAAUUGAUAGACCACUAUGGGUUAGAUGAUAAAUUGUUACACUAUAACAGAAAUGAAGAAGAAUUUAUCGAUGUUUAAUUCAUUUUUCUUUC